AAAUUAUGUUGUUGUUGUCUUUUUAUCAUUCAGUGAGCUUACAACUCAAAGCAAAACUUCAUUUUUUCUUUGUUUCUUCGUUUGUUGUUGUUGUUUGUUAGAUUCUGUAAUAGCUGUUGAAUCGAUUGAUUGUUUGUUGUUUUUUCAUUUGUAAUUUUUUUAGAUUUAAAUUUAGUUACAAAAGCAAAAUGAAUUACCUUUGGAAUUUAGCGUUAGUCAAUUUGAUUUUGUUGUUUGGUGGCUACGAUUGCGGCGAUCAAUCAUAUUUUUUCGAUGAUAGCGAUUAUCGUAUACAGAAUUCUCUGUUACAUAAUUUUAUUGAACGUAUGAAUGAAGAUCAACAAUUACCGCAAUCGCAAUUAUCGCAAUUACCGCAACAACAACAAUAUUUACUUGUCGAUCCAUUACAAGAAUCAUCAAUGAUAACACCGAAGGAUUCUCUUUCUUAUCCAUCAUCAUUAUUGGAUUCGAAUAAUUAUCGAAUACGUAAAGAUCUUAGUGAACAACGUGAACAACAUGAUCAACAAUCAAAUGAAUUGAUGAAUAAUCAUUAUCAUUUACAAACACGUGAUGAUAUUCUAUUACCAAGAGAACCUGUACCACGUAAAGAAUUUUUGGAACAUUCAUCAUUAUAUGGUCAUCAAUAUGUACAAGGUGGCGCUGGUGAAGGUUUACAACGUUUAAAACCAGAUGGUAGUAUACCAAAUGUACAGGUGAUAAAAUCGGAUUCAGUAUUACCGGCUUAUUGUAAUCCACCAAAUCCAUGUCCGAUUGGUUAUUCAGCUGAUGAUGGUUGUUUAGAAGAUUUUAUCAAUUCAGCCGAUUAUAGUAAAGAAUAUCAAUCAUCACAAGAAUGUAUGUGUGAUUCGGAACAUAUGUUUAAUUGCCCAGGUAAUACGGAUGAAAAUGAAUUAGAAACAUUAGCACGUUCAAUACAAAAUGAAGGUAUCGAAUUGGAUACAACAAUCAAUAAAAUUAUCGAUACUAUCGAUACAUCAAAAGAUGAUCAUAAAGUUGUUGCAAAAAAAUUUUUUCAAAAACGUAAUGAAAAAUCUACGAUUGUAAAACGAUCAAUAAUCAAUGAUGGUGAAAAUAGCGAUAAAAAAUCGUUUAAACAGAAUCCAUAUUUAACUGGUGAAAAAUUACCGGUUGUGGCUAAAAAAAGUCCACAUACAGCUAAAAUUUUUCAUUAAAACACUUAAAGGAAAAUCUAUCGUUUCAUCGAUAAUCAAUCAAUCAAUCGAUUGAUUGAUUGAAUUGCGUUCGAAUUGAACAAAACAAACUAAAAUUGAAAAUUUAUUUUAUUCACAUCACAUUAUUUUAACCACAAACCGAUGAAAUUCCUGUUUUUGUGUUUAUUUUUUCUCGUUGAUUGUUGAUGUUAACCAUACACACACAAAAAUUCUAUCUAUUUCUGUCAAAAUAGUUGCUGUUACAAACAAA